AUCUCUAUUUUCUUUUUUUUAGACAGGCGCAUAUCCUCAAUGAAACAUUUGCCGUUUUGGACUUUCUUAAGGGAUCCUAUUGUUGUUGUUUUUUAAAUGUUCUAAAACAUACGGUGAAUUAAGGAAUUUAUAUCAAAAGAAAUUUGUUCAAAAGGUUGUUUUGUUGGUCAUUUGUUCAGUAUGGCUGGGACUGAUGUAUUAUCAACCCCAUAACAUAAAGCACGGCAAGGAAUUUUUGCAACCGUCUAUAGAUUUUGAUGACAACAAAAGGACAUCAUAUCUUAAUUACACAUACCGUCUCCGCAAUAUUAGAACGCGUUCGUCAUCUAUCUACACUGAACAAGUGAGUAAAAUUCGCAUGUCAAAUACGUUUGUGACAGACCCAAGCAAAUGUGCUGAACAUACGUUUCUGGUAUACAGCUGUGAUUACUCGCGGUCGUGUGGUGGAAUGGGCGAUAGGCAGCGCGGGAUUGUUUCAUCAUUUAUACUCGCAUUAAUCACUGCUAGAGUAUUUAUUAUUGAUUUUGAGAAACCGUGUGAGCUUGAUAACUUUCUUAAACCCACUGUCUAUGAUUGGACUAUUUGUAAAAGGUUCAUUAAAAAUGAAAAAAACGCCCUUACAAUUGAUAUGAUGAAUAAAUCUUCGAUGGGUAUUGAUAUGAAUAAUCUUCGUUUCAACCUUUGGCAUUGGAAAGUGGUAUUUGUUAAGAUUAAUUCCAACUUAAUAUAUCAACUCAGAAAAAUUAAAGAUAUAAGAACAAAUUACGGGUGGUUGUUAAACAUGUCAAUACCCAGUGCCUACAAUAUGAUUCUGAAUUUAUUAUUUCAGCCAAAAGAUACUUUGAUGAGUUUCCUCGAUAAUCUUAUUGACCAGAAUGUGAAAGAAAAAUAUCUUGUAUGUUGUCAUAUAAGGGUAGGGAAAAACCCAAGCAUUCCACAGGAUAAUGCCUUUGGUGAGUUUGAGAAGCCAAAUGAAACAAUCGUUUUUAAAUAUCUAAAAAGAUAUACUGACCCUGAUAAGUAUGUUAUUUACCUAGCAUCAGAUUCAUUGUAUGUCCGUAGUGAAUUUUGGAAAAUUUUCAAAAAUGGCAUACAUAUUGAUGUCCCUAUUAUUCAUGUGGAUCGGCUUGGUACACACAAACAUAAUGAGAAAGAAGCAUGCGAUGGACUGAAAUAUGUACUUAUUGAGCAAUACCUUCUUUCAACUUGUGACAUUCUUAUUCUGACAGCUGAUAGUGGAUUUGGUAAAUAUGCUGCUUAUUUGCGAGGAUCAUCCGACAAUUUAUUUUUGAUACAACUAAAUGAUAGCCAGGUUAUAACUACAAAAUUAAGAUAUAUAUAAUAUUUCAAUUACAAUGUAUGUUUGCAUAAGUGUUUGCGUGUGUGUGAAUAUUCCUAUCGAUAAAGAAAAACAUUCUUCGUUAUGGACACAUUUGACAAUGUGGACAGACCCCUUAACAUGGUUAACUUUUAACAAAGAGAAAACGCAUACAUCUAACAAGUUAUAAAAUGGUUUACUUCCCUUUAAAUGCGUUGUGAGCCAAUAAAAUACACACAUUGUGUUAGAUUAGCACAUUUUGUUAAAUUCAAAUAAUGCAUUUCAAAGUUCAAAUUGUAAUAUACAAACAAAAAUUGAAUUUUUUGUAAUGCUACUCAUAAGUACUACUGCUACUGCUGCUGCUGCUGCUACUACUACUACUACUACUACAAUAAAGGGGGCGUCCGUGGCCGAGUGGUUAAGGUCGUUGACUUCAAACCACUUGCCCCUCACCUCUGUGGGUUCGAAUCCCGACAGGGACUUUGGAUUCUUUCAUGUGAGGAAAAGCUAUCCAGCUAGCUUACGGAACGUCGGUGGUUCUACUCAGGUACCCGUUCGUGCCUGAAAUAAUACACGGAAGGGCACCUGAGGUCUUCCUCCACCAGUAAAGCUGGAACGUCGCGAUAUGACCUAUACUGUGUCGAUGUGACGUAAAACCCAAAAAAACAAACGAACAAUACUACAAUAAAUAUGCAUGUAGUUAUUUUGUAUCAAACAUAAACAUACAGUCAUUGAUAAUUUAAAGGUAUUUAUUGAUCAUCAACACAGUCGCGUCACAAAUAUCAUGUCAGGAUGUUGAAUUUGAGAAAUGUUGUUUCAUUUAUAUUUGCAAGUAUUUAAUACUUUUCAAUACGCUUUAUUACAUGUAUUAAGCGAGAAUUGUUGUCAAUGAACAAUAUUAUUUCUUUCCUCGCAGCAAUCAUUCCAUCUGCGCUGUGUACUAUUUCUUAGUUAAUAUCUAUUAAAAUAACAGUAUGACUGAAGCUUUUAUAAUGUUUUAAUGGACUUUUAAACAAUAUUAAUAAAACCAAAUAGUUUAUAAAUACCUUAUUAUGGAGACCGACAGUUAAGAGUAACUGUUUAGCGAAUAAAAACAACAAUGAUAUAAUUACUUAAUAAUUAUGUUGAUUGAUAACUCCAUCCAGCAAUCAAUACGGGGAACUAAAACUCAAGAGUUGAGUUAGAUUCUAAGAGGUUUACAUUAAUUUAAGAAUCCACAUCGAAAUCGUAUAUAAAUAUGUUUUCUUUGAUUUUUAUAAAUUAUUGUCUCACAUCUCUCCUCUGUAAAGUAAACAGUAUAUAAAAGUUGAUAUACGUACAGUCCACUCUGCAUAAAUCGAGGACAACUGGAUUUCGUGAUGUUCCUCGUUCUGUGCUGUUAUGACCGGGACAGAUCAAAUUGAGAAAUGUGACACCGUCGGGAUACAGAUACAUUUAGUUCACGUACAUUCUACCUUGUGAAGAGAACAUUAAGAGAUGCAACUCAUUUAUCUUUAUUAUCACUACACGUUUGUGUUUUGAUUAUAUAUAACAGCUAUCAAGCUAUCAUAGAAUUUAAACAAAACAUUUAAAGAACACAAACUUCUUCCUACCGCUGUGGUUUUUUUGUUUGUUUUUUUUUUGGUUUUUAUUUAUUUGUACAUCCAUCAUAAAUCUAAUUAACACAAUCUAUGCAGGACAUUUUUAUGAACACCGAACAACAUUGUAAAUCACUCAAAAAAUCACUUAAUUAUAGCAAUGAUCCAGAAUUAUUGUUAAAUUCCAUGGAUUUUUUUUUCAAAAUAAUAAAAUCACUGAUGACCAAUUACAAAUUUAAAAUUUAAUAUUUUUUUUUAUUUUACACAGACUGAUUAAAUUUUUACAGUCAACUUUAUCAUUUUCCAUUACAAGAUUUUAUUUUUGUACAUAUUUUUGUAAAAUGAUCUUUGAAUAUAAUUUGUCUUUUUAUAAGUAAUAAACAAUUAUUUCAAACAUUGUUUGCAUGUUUUAAAUGUAAUGAUAACAUUAUUUUCAUCAGAAAUAUUUCGACUAUAUAAAAGUUUUACACAAUUUAUUUUCCGUGUAUGUAUAACACUUCACUUAUUUCAAAUGUUACUUAUCAGAAAUGUUACUUAUCAUUAAUCUAUGAUUUUAUUUAGACGGUUUAAACAUACAAAAAAGAAAGAACAAAAAGAUCUCCCAAAAGAAACAUAAAUAUGUCCCCCUAUUCUAUUUCGUCAUCAUUUUAGAGCCGAUACAAAAAGGAUGUGAGCAUUUGUACCGGAAGGUCAUCGUCGACAAUGCGAUAUCGCGAUUGCAGUAUCGUACUGUCGCAAUCGCGAUAUCGCACAGUCGUCACUGAUUAAUCGCACUGUUUCAUUGUCGUCAUCACAUUUUCUCACUGUCGCCGUCGCGAUGUCGCACUGUCGUCAUCGCAUUAUCGCAUCGCACCGUCAUCAUUGAGUCAUCGCAUAGGUGCCAUGCAUUGUUACCAUCGCUGUAUCGCAUUGUUACAUUAUCGUUAUGUCGUCAUCACGUUAUCGCAUUGUCGCCAUCGCACUAUCGCCGUUACGGAAUUCCGUACAUUACUGUAUUUGUUUAUACGAGUAUAUCAGCAUGUGGAUAAUUGUUAUUUUUUAUUCUUAAGAUGAAAUAUAGCUCCACGAAAAGUGGAUAUAUUCUCUUAUACUCGGCUUCAUCUCAGGUAUUUCUGGAUUAUUCAUAACUACAAGGCAAUUGAAACAAUUCAAUAUUAUCCGCAACUAUCAGUUCAUUUUCGUUAUUGAAGUUUUGAUGACUACUUAUUGGAGAUAGUGCAGAUAGCAGUCGUACGUUAUAAUUAUCCAGGACACCUAACUGCGUAAUUGAGAUUGUGGGAGAUAAUUGUAGGUACGACUUUGUAUCAAAGCUGUUGUGGGAAUUGGUGACAUAUAUUUGCUAGUUUUGUCAAAGAUAAUUCUUAUUGACGUUCCAUUUCCACAAUCUAAUUUGGAGGUGGUCGCUUUCUUGGCAAACCCUGACGCGAUUAACCAAUCUGCCAAUAAUAAAUAAUAAAUAAACAUGAUGUUUAACAUAUUAUAUUUAAAAACUUCCCUUAUAGAAUUUUCUGUGGGUUUUCGAUUACAAAUGUGUAGUAGAAUAAAAGGUCACAAACAAUUAUUGCAACAUCUGAAGUCAUUUUGACUUCUAUCGGUACACACAUUAUUAACAAUUUGAAUGUGUAUGAAAUUACAUAAAGACCAAGAUAAAUGAAUGAUAUCCUUACCAGUAGUUUACAGAUGUCAAAAUUGCACGUUCAAUUUAUACAAAACGGUUUUUCAUAAUCAAAAUAGUUAAACUUUAGAUAGAAGGCUUUUAUAUUUAUUUUCAUUCUCACUCUCAGGAUAAUCUCUUUAGGAAAAAGUCAUUUCAGUUUGAAGCCAAACAAGUAAUUAUUUUAUAUUUUUUGAUGUGUUCGAGUAUAUAACAUUACGCUAAUGUGCUAAUAAAGGUAGUUGUUAGUUUUGGAACAAUAAAUUAAUGGGAGGUUCUUUCGCGUUAGAAACACAAUUAAACGAUUUCUCAAAAAUGUGUUCCCUUAGCAGCUAGUCAGUACUUUAUCGUUUCACCACGUAAUAAAUGAACAACAUUCGAAUAUUUUAACAGAAAAUUGUUAAAUCAAUGGUACAUUUAAGAUGAUGAUGGAAAUAAAGAUGAUGAUUAUUAUUUUUGUUUGGAUGAUAAUGAUAAUGACAAAAAUUACGAGAGUAAAAGUCUAUGUGUAUUGAGAUAGUAGCCAUAAUGGUGAUUAUGAUGUCUAUUGAGUCUUCAUAUUUAUUCUAUAUAUUAAUGAUAUAAGUAUGAUGGAAAUUGCAGAAUACAGAUAAUUGUGCAAUGAUUUUGGA